AUGAGUAACGGAAUUGAUGUACGUGUGGAUGAAACUGUGGUUCGACAAGGUGAUCGACUUGUAGAAGUUGAUUAUAUAUAUACAGAAACUCGUGAGAAUGGUGAUCAACGAAAUUAUCAAAUAACAGUUAAGCGACCAGAUUACGAACGAUUAGCAACAUCAAUGAAUAAAUCAACAUUAUCAUUUGAUAAUUUUGCUAAAGUUUUAAGACCAUUUAUGAUGGGAAAAUUUGCAUCAGAAGAUAUACCUGCAGCAUUUGGUUUAUUAGAUACUGAUCAUUCAGGAACAAUUGAUCUUGGUGAAUUAGCUAUAUUUAUGCCUGUUAUUAUGCCUAAUGCUAGUCCUUAUAUGCUUCUUCAUCAUAUUCAAAAAGCUAAUAAAAAUUGUGAUUAUAAACUUAAUUUAGAAGAAUUUACUUCACUCAUUAAUCAGGGUAUUGGUAGAGAUAUAGCACUUGGACGUUUAUAA